AUGCAAGACAAACCAACGACAGUCGCCGCAUACGCGGCGGGGGCCUCCCUCGCCGCCGUCGCCCUAUUCUACGUCUUCGGGCCCAACUACACCAUCGAUGGAGACGAGAAUGCGAGUAACAAUCGCAAGAAGAGCAUCGUGGGCCUGGCAAAUCCAGCCAACGAUUGCUUUAUCAAUUCCGUCCUGCAGGCCCUGGCCGGCUUGGGAGAUCUACGGGUAUAUUUGAUUCGGGAACUUCAUCGGCGCCAAUUGGACGGGCCGGAGAUUUAUAGUAUACUGCCGAGCUUGGAUGAGAUCCCGCGCGGAGAGAGACUGGAUAAGAUCCGUGAACUGCAGCAGGGGACGAUUACAAGCGCUUUGAAGGGGAUGUUGGACCGGUUGAAUGAGCGGCCGAUCUAUAAGAAGACGAUUUCUGCGGCUGGGUUCGUGCGAUCGCUCGAGUAUGCGUUUCGCAUGCGGCUUAGUCGGAAUCAGCAGGAUGCACAGGAGUUCCUGCAGAUUGUUGCUGAGCGGUUGUGCGAUGAGUAUCACGCUGGGGUGAAGGCGCGCCAGAGGGCUAGAUGGUUAACGGAGACGCCUGCAGGUUCGGGCGCGCAGGAGCCAGGCCAGGAUGUCAACGGCGACGCGAAGAGCCCGACGGAGGUCGAGGUUCGGGUGGACGACGGGUCCAGAAAUGGAAUUCCUGCCAUGCUUGAUACGAAGCUCGAUGGCAUCGAUAACGAGGAGGGGUUCCCGUUUGAGGGCAAGAUGGAGUCUCAAAUCGAGUGCCAGUUCUGCCAUUUCAAAUACAAACCAAAUCAGACGUCUUUUGUGAACUUGACUCUUCAGGUACCGCAGAAGAGCUCGACUACGCUCAGCGCAUGCUUCGAUGGUCUACUCAAGACGGAAUACAUUGAGGAUUUCCGGUGCGAUAAGUGCCGACUCCUUCAUGCUUUACAAGUCAAAGUCACUGAAAAGAAUCGAGUGCGCUUGGAGAAGGACAAACGGCGUCUUGAUCAAGAGAUCCAGCUGAUUCAGGAAGCCAUCGAGACUGAUCCUGAAUGUAUACCCGAGGGAGUUACGCUGCCCCCGAAGGAACUCGCGCCAAAGCGCAAUAUCGCCCGACACAUGCGGAUUACGGUUUUCCCCAAGAUCAUUGCGAUCCACCUCUCGCGGUCGAUCUUCGACCAAAGCAGCUCAACCAAGAACGCAGCCAAGGUGUCGUUCCCCGAACGGCUCUCUUUGGGUGGGAUCCUCAAUCCCAAGUGGUUUAAGCUUCUGGCGAUCGUCUGCCAUAAGGGCAGUCACCAGAGCGGUCACUACGAGUCAUUCCGCCGCAAUACACUCUACGCUCCUUUCUCAACCCCGGACGCGUUUAGCUCAUUUGCAAACAGUCGCGCGACGAGCAGGAACCCAUCGCGAGCACCAUCGCGAGCCACAUCGCGAGCCCCUUCGAUAGCCCCGAGUCCUCGAUUAAACCCACGCAACGGAUCUGACCCCGAUUCCGCUGAUAUUGCCAACCUUUCUCGGUCUGCUUCUGCCCUCUCCCUCUCGCGGGGGUCUCCGCCUAAGAAUUCCCUCCAGCUGAACCCUCCACCUUCCCCUUCCUCUCGACCCGAAACAUCGCAAUCCCGUAUCUCCUUCCAAAGUAUCCGAUCGAAAUCCUCCGGCUCGAAAACCCUGUCCCCUACCUCUGACGAUGGCAGCCCCACAACAACGGACGGAGGACGAUGGACGGGCAGGACGGGCUCACGCAGUUCCAAAGACAAAGGAUCAUCGCGGUUAGGACGACGGAGGAGCAAAAUCAACAACCGGUGGUGGCGAAUAUCAGACGAGAAGAUCAAGGAAUGUAAGACAUCAGAUGUGCUGGGGAUGCAGAAGGAGGUGUAUUUGUUGUUUUACGAGAUGGAAAAGCCGGAGUCGGAGUCUGGGUCGGCGGUUUAA